GGCGAGCGAGCGGGAGCAGGCGAAGCGGCGGCGGCGGCGGCAGCAGCAGCAACAACAACAGCAGUACUAGCACUAGUCUCAGCAGCAGCAACAGCAGCAACAGCAGCAACAGCAGCAGCAGCAGCAGCAGCAGCAGCAGCAGCAGCAGCAGCAGCAGCAGCAGCAGCAGCAGCAGCAGCAGCAGCAGCAGCAGCAGCAGCAACAGCAGCAGCAGCAGCAGCAGCAGCAGCAGCAACAGCAGCAGCAGCAGCAGCAGCAGCGCAAAACUCGAGCCGGGUCGGAGCGCAGGCAGCACGGCGGCGGCGACGCCAGCAAAGGCAGCAGCGGUGCCGGUGGUGCCGGGGCUAGCGGCGGACGCGGCGACCGAGGCUGCCGAGGAAGGUGACGGCGGCGCCGGCGAGGCGGCCGGGGCCCGCGGCGGCGUCCGCGAGGACGACGAGUUGCCGCUGCAGGAGGCCGAGGAGGCCGCCGAGGAGGAGCGCCCGCGGGCCUUCGUGGCGGCCGGCUCGAGCCGGCAGCAGCACCAGCACCAGCAGCAACAACAGCAGGCGGCCAACCACGCGGCGAGGCGCAUGCCUUACCUGCAGCCCACCAGCCAGGACAUGAGCGCCUCGCGUGCCCAGCACGCCGCCAUGUUCUACACGGUCGAGGUCGGCGACACCAAGUUCACCAUUCUCAAGCGCUACCAGAACCUCAAGCCCAUCGGCUCCGGGGCGCAGGGCAUCGUCUGCGCGGCCUACGACACCGUCACCGCGCAGAACGUGGCCAUCAAGAAGUUGUCCAGGCCUUUCCAGAACGUCACCCACGCCAAGAGGGCCUACCGCGAGUUCAAGCUCAUGAAGCUGGUCAACCACAAGAACAUCAUUGGCCUCCUGAACGCCUUCACGCCGCAGAGGUCCCUGGAUGAGUUUCAGGACGUGUACCUGGUGAUGGAGCUGAUGGACGCCAACCUCUGCCAGGUGAUCCAGAUGGACCUCGACCACGAGCGCAUGUCCUACCUGCUCUACCAGAUGCUCUGCGGCAUCAAGCACCUGCAUUCCGCCGGCAUCAUCCACAGGGAUUUGAAGCCCAGCAAUAUCGUAGUUAAAUCCGACUGCACCCUCAAGAUACUGGACUUUGGUCUCGCGAGGACGGCGGGCACAACCUUCAUGAUGACGCCCUACGUUGUGACAAGGUACUACAGGGCGCCCGAGGUCAUCCUCGGCAUGGGCUACAAGGAGAACGUCGACAUCUGGUCGGUCGGCUGCAUCAUGGGCGAAAUGAUUCGCGGUGGCGUUCUCUUUCCCGGUACCGACCAUAUCGACCAGUGGAACAAAAUCAUUGAGCAAUUGGGAACACCAGCACCAGAGUUCAUGCAGCGGCUGCAACCAACCGUGCGAAAUUACGUGGAGAACCGACCGCGCUAUCCUGGCUAUCCCUUCGAGAGACUAUUUCCGGACGUCCUCUUUCCCUCGGACUCCUCCGAGCACAAUCGCUUGAAAGCGAGUCAGGCCAGGGAUCUGCUAUCGCGCAUGUUGGUCAUCGAUCCGGAGCGGCGCAUCUCCGUCGACGAUGCUCUACUUCAUAAUUACAUCAACGUUUGGUACGACGAGGGCGAAGUCAACGCGCCUGCUCCGGGGCCCUAUGAUCACAGUGUCGAUGAGAGGGAGCACACUGUCGACCAGUGGAAAGAGCUCAUCUACCAAGAGGUCAUGGAGUACGAGACCAGCCACAACACCGCGUCCGCGUCGCAGUCGCCCGACACCGCGGGCUCCCGGUAGAUACACGGCACCAUGCCCAAUCUGUACCAACAACAAGUAACACGUCCUUUCUACUUUCGGACGUCGCCGCGGCGGCGCUUCGCAAGCCUAAACGGCUCAACUUUAAGAAAAUAUUACCAGUCCCAUCUUACAAUUAAGGGGUAAUACGAAGCAGAUCCAUACCCACAAGAUCUGUCAAGAGUGUGCAAGUGUGUGCAAGGUAGCGGAUUCUUGUCCGCUUCGCGUAAACAAGGUUCUCAUCAAUGUCCCUUCUUCGCCAACGGGACAAAUCAUUCUGUUCCCCGACGACACUAAUUACAGCGAUCGAGCGAGUCUCCAUCGAUUUUUUUUCGCAUUUGUGCUGCGAUCUUGUCAAUUUAUUUGUUAUUGCAGACCAAACUAUUUCGUCUAGAGUCAGCGUCGCCGGCAUUCCACGUUUUUCUUAUUUUUUUCAACAAUGAUGAGGAAUUUCUAGAUUGUUCAUUUUCAAGAUUUUUUUCGAUCACUUGCUUUUAACUGCUGCCUACUAAGCCAGCAUUACCUCAUUACAGAUAUUUUGCAUUUUUGUUUAUUUGUUUCUACGUCAAUUAUAUAAUUAAAAAGUUUUGUGCACCUAUAAACACUAAUCAUUUUCGAACGUUUGAGUACGUUUUAUCAACGUUUUGUCUGUAAAACUCUGUAGCGCGAAGCGAACAAUGUAAAUAUUUGGAGGGAGAUUGAAUUACGGUGUGCAAUAUGUAGUUCAAGGCUUUAUCACUCUGGAAUGCAUGAUACUAAAGUGUCAUUAAAAUGAUGAUGCGGAAAAAAAUAAUUAUGAAACACCCUGUAUUUUUAUACAAGAGCGUGUUUUCGAUAAAACUACGUCCAAGUACUUUAAAAAUAUAUAUAUACAAAAGCCUGCUGACGCGUGUCUGUAAUAGUCGAAUCGCAUUUUACGUCGUAAGUUGUGUAAAUUUUACCGAACCUAUGCGCAUUCGCAGCGUUGUUCUAUACCGGAAAAUGAGGAAGAUUAAUAAUAAAAUUUGAGAAAAAAAUAAUGAUAGCGAUGCUGUGACAAUAGGGGAAAAGGGUGAAAUCAUACAAAAGCUCCUCGAUAAUGUCAGCAAAUUGCUACGCGCAAAUCAGAAACGUAUCCAAGCAGAAUAAUAUACUCGAUUAGAGUGUCUAGUCUCUGCAUAUCGUCGUGGUUCUAUAUAGUUAUCUUGGUUUUCAUUAAUUGUGUCUGUAGAGAAGUAAUUUAAGCUGUACCUUUCUUACCUUUUUAAUCUCUCUCUCUCUCUCUUUCUCUGUCACUCAUUCUUGUACUAUCUCAGUCUAUAUACUUUUUAUUUUAUUCUUCUCAUCUUUUUUGCCUCUCUCUCUCUCUCUCUCUCUUUCUCAUUCUCUCUCUCUCUCUCUCUCUCUCUGACUCUAUCUAUCUAUCUAUCUAUCUAUCUAUCUUACUAUCUAUCUAUCCAUCUAUCUAUCUAUCUAUCUUAUUUACUUCUCGUGUGUAAUUGAAGAAAAAAAUGAAAAAAAAAAUGAAAAAAAUGAUACUUUUGCAAGGCGAAAGUUAUAGUUUUUUGUUAUCGAGUGCCAUGCGUUGACUUUAUUAUUAUAGUAGCAAAUUUGGUUUUGACGUUGCGUCAUUGAAACUUAUACUCGAAUAAAUAAGAGCGAACAGUAGUUUGGUACGAUAUUCGCGCCACAACUGUCGUUUUGAUCGCGCACUUGAGAACUCACAGACGUGUAUAAUAAUAAUUGGAAAACUGAAGUAAUCAAUUAGACAGCAAUGGUGUAGGCUGAAUUAGAUAUUGCAAUAUUAUUUUGCAGUAAAUAAGUGUACCUAGAUUAGCGCGCAAAGACAAGUAACAAAUAGUUCAACAGUUAGCUGCGUAGAUAGUCAAGUAGUGAAAAACAGUGGUAAAGAGCAUGGACGUGUGAGCGAGAGAGAGAGAAAGAGAGAGAGAAAGAGAGAGCGAGAGAGAGAGAGAGAGAGAGAGAGAGAGAGAGAGAGAGAGAGAGAGAGAGAGAGUAAAGAAGAGAGAAAACACGAGAAAUGGAAGCUAGAGUAAAAAGAGUGAGAGAGAAAACGUAAUUUAAAACAAGCGAACGAUACCUUGAAGUUGCAAAAACGACUGCUAGUGUCGCGCCAUCGUGCAAAGUACGCAAGAUGUGCGUGCGUAUCCGAGUGAAUUCGUGUGCGUGGGUGUGAUUGUGUAUACGUUAAUUAUUGCGAUUGAGAAGAAGAAAAAGAAAACGUGCAAAAAUAUAAACGAUGCGAGCGUUAAAUUUUUAUUUUUCACGACGAUAGUUAUGUGAAUAUAUUGCUACAGUCCGAUCCAAAUAAUCAAGCUUUUGUAACACUCGAUAUAAUAAAGUAACGAUUAUACCGCUA